AUGGCUGUCACCGGCAUCUACCUCGUCCAAGGCCAGGGCGCGCCCUCGCUGCCCGUCCUCAGCGACCGCCUGGCCCGCGCCUUCGACCCUCUCCCCGCCGGCCCCUGGGUCCUCCAGCACCGCCUGUUCCGCGCGAACCCCGCGCCCGCGUCCGCCCUGGACACGGCGCCGCCGCGCCUCCAGCACCUCGUGGCCCUGUCGCACCACGCCGGCCGCGCCUUUGCCCUCGUCGACUGCGACGACGAUGCCACCGUCGCCAUGCCCCUCCACCACAUGGAGCCAUAUGCCCAGCUGCUGUCCGCAAAGUUCGGCGCCCUCUGGCACUACCGCACCGGCAACCACGUCACCAAUGGCGCUGCCUACGCCGUCGAUGGCUGCGUUGUGCGCGUCGGAGAGCUGCGCGAGAGGGGCGGCCAGCAGGCUUUUCGCGGCCUCAUCGUUUCCAUACAGACCGUGAAGCAGGAGUCCGGCGAAGGCGUCGAGGGGUCCGAGAGCGUAAAGAAGGACGAAAAAGAGCCUCAGGAGCUCAUCCGCGAGCUCUGGCAGAAGCUGGACGUGCGGGACGCCAAACAGUUCAUGGUAUCCAUCGAUACGGACGAUGUGGAUGCCGCGGCCGCGCAGGAAGCCAAACUGUGGUGCGACGUACUCCGCCAGGCAAAAUAA